AUGACAGUUCUAGUGACAGUUCUCAGUCUGGGGAUUCAAGUCACUAGCGUUCUCAAGAAACAACCUUAUGGAGAAGUGGGAGAUCAAACAAAGGAAAACCUCCAAGACACUAUGGAGAAUGGGUCGAUAAAUAGAUCGAGACAGCAUGCAAACUGUUUGUGUUGUGUGGGGAGGUAUUCGGGACACGUGCAGAAGCCGGUGAGGCUUUUGACUGGGCACUUUUGGAGAGCCGGUCUUUUGAGUAGUGUUGUACGUGUUAUACUAGCAUUUCAGUCAUUUGAUUACGAUCACAAUGGAUUUGUAUCAAGACAAGAGUUUAAGCGUGUUGUAGAGAGUUUUUGCUUACAAGUCAGUGAUGACCAGCUUGAUGAGCUGAUAUCUAAGAUUGAUUUGAACAAAGAUGGACAACUAUCAUAUCUCGAGUUUCUGAGGCACUUUGGAAUUUCGGAAAGUGGUCAAGGCCAUGCAUGGCUGAAAUCAAAUCAUCGAUUUAAUAAAACACGAUCACCUCGUCCUUUGCCAGUGGAACAGGUAGAGAAAGAACUACGAGAAAAGAUCAGUGAUCAGUGGGGAACUAUGGCACGGGCAUUUAGAAUGUUUGAUAUGAAUGGAGAUGGUGUGAUAUCAAAGGCAGAACUACGAAAAGUGCUGGAGAGUUUUUGCUUCCAAAUGAGUGACAGUCAAUUUGAUCAGCUGUGGAGUAAAUAUGACGAGAACAGGGAUGGACAAUUGCAAUAUAUGGAGUUUGUGAAGAGACUUGGUGUGGAGGUUCAACACACAGAUAAAGGUCACAGUAUGGCAAUUCAAGAACAAAGUGAGGCAGAGGGAAAACGUCAUCGAUUGCAGCAGCAACAAAAGUUUCAACAGUUGAAGCAACAUCAUUUGCAUGCAAUGACGUCUUUACCAGCAGAACAUCUAGAACAACUUUUUAGACAUAAGAUGAAAGACAAUUAUGACAACAUGCGUAAAGCCUUUAAUGCAAUCGACGGUAACAAUGAUGGAAUUGUUACCUGGGAUGAAUUAAGAGCAAUUGUUGACAGUUUUGCUAUGCCUUUGUCUGAGAAUGCUUUCAUUGAACUGAUGAAGAGAUUUGGCGUUCAACCUAGGGACAGCUUGCCAUAUGACGUCUUUCUUCAAAAAAUUGAAGGCACUGAUCCUGGCCAAGUAUUACCAAUCAAGCCAUCACACAGAUACCAUCCGGUGAUUGAGUCAACACAGCAUAUGGCAGCUGAUGAUAUCAUGGCUUUGCUGCAGUCAAGAGUAAGUGGAAGCCAUGACUCAAUUCACAAAGCCUUUCUCAAAUUUGAUGAUGACAAGGAUGGAUUUAUAUCGCAUUCUGAACUACGCAAAGUCAUUGAAACAUUUACAUUUAAUUUAACUGAAAAUCAGUUUCGUGAAGUAUUGUCACGUCUUGAUCCCAGAAACAAAGGACUUAUUUCAUUCAGAGAAUUUAUUGGACACUUUGGAAAUGCAGAAGACCCAUUUGGUCAUAAGUGGCUUGUUUCAACUCAUCGAUUUAAUAAGGCACUUUCUCCUCGAAGCAUGUCUUUUUCAGAGGUUGAACAUCUUAUUCGAAUGAAAAUAAUGGAUCAGUGGAAAACUAUGGCUGCUGCUUUUCGUGAGCUGGACACAAACUCUGAUGGUUGUAUCAGCCAAAGUGAGCUGAAGAGUCUACUGCAUCGAUUUGGUAUGGCAAUCACAGAUGAACAAUUUCAACAAUUUUGGGCAAGGUGUGAUGAAAAUUCUGAUGGUACACUUGAUUUUCAUGAAUUUUUUCGACAGUUGGGCAUUGAUAUUAGUGGUGGUGAUGUGGGAGGGCACAGCACUAAAAUCGCUGAUCAGAGUGAGGCAUCUGAUGUCAAGAGAAAAGCAGAGCAUGAUGCUCGGUUGCAUAGAGUAAAAGAAAGAGCUCAAGAUGCAACUGGAAGACUUAGAGCUGACCAAGUGUUACAUAAGCUCAAGGAUGUCAUGACUCAAAGGUCUAGUGACAUGAAUAAGACAUUUCGACAUUAUGACACUGACAAUAAUGGACUUCUGUCACAGAUGGAAUUCAGGAAGGCUUUGGAGGGUUUGGGAUUCUUUAUGACAGACACCCAGUUUAAUCUGCUAUUGGACAGUAUUGGGUUUUAUGGUCCAAACCUAAGAUAUAGUGAAUUUCUGGAGACCUUUACUCACACACCGCAAGGUAGUCAAAGGCAACGAUCAAGACAAGUAGCUGCUGCUGUCAAUAUACCACCACUAUCUGCAUCAAAUGUUCCUGACGUUUCAAGAAGACUAAGGGAAAGGGUUGUUCAUGAUUACAAAACUCUUCGUCAGGCAUUUCUUGCAUUUGACCAUGACAAGAAUGGUGUAGUCUCAAUGUGGGAACUGAAGCGAAUAUUGGACAAUUUUUGUUUUGUGCUGGAUAAAUCAGAGCUUCAAGAGCUAAUGAACACCCUUGAUCUUAACAAAGAUGGCAAGAUUGACUACAGAGAAUUCCUAAUAGCAUUUGGUGCCGACAAAGGAGCUAUUCAUGAAAUGGAAGCUAUGUCUCAACAAAUUGAUGCAGCUGUAAAGCAGACACCAACAAUGAAACAAUCUGUUGCUGCUGAGGAAUCAAAAAGAGUCAGUGCUGAAAGAGGUGGUUCUGAAGAGAGUGUCCAGGUACAUUCAUUAUCUGGAGGGAAGAGUCCAAGGUCCCAAGCAAGAGGAAAUGUAUCACCAAAACAGACUUCAUCUGCAGCAUCAAAGGGCAAUAUGAGCAAGGACAAAUUCAACAAAGUCAAGCAUCUGAAAUCCAGUGGCAUUUCAUCGAAAACAGGUACUGCCUUUGUUGACAUUGGUGUCACACCACCUUGUAGCGCACCAUCAAAAAAGGAACGAGCUAUAUUGCAAUCUUCAGUUUGUCCACUUGUGCCUGGACCUGGAAGCCCAGUGCUGGAUGCCCUGUUGAGUAAAUACAAGGACAGCAUGCACAAAAAUUGGAAAAAUGUUCGAAGAGAAUUCAGGGCAAUGGAUCCCUCAGCCACUGACAUGGUUUCAAGCACUGGUUUCCGAAAUGUACUCCAACACCAUGGCCUGAAAUUUUCGGAAGAUGAAUUCUUCUAUCUAGUCUCCUACUUUGAUGAUAAUCUGACAAAGAAGAUCAACUACAAUGAGUUCAUUCGGAUCAUGCUGUCAUCCUAAUGGUUUUACAAGCAGUAGAUGUAGACCACACAGAAUAUAACUAACUGCAUGUUUUGUUUGCCUGUUUGCUCAUUCUUCUUGCUGGUAAUAAGUAAGUGGUGCUAACAUUCAAUAAGUAGUGUUUUUGUGACGUUCUUAUAGGGUUUUGAAUUUAGUACAAUAUAACUGUAGAUACAGA